AUGGCCAAGACCCGCUCAAAGGGAGCUGCCUCCCCUGUAUCAGACAAAGUGCAAAGGCCUAGAGUUGCAAAAACCAAAAGGACCAAAAAGAGUCCAAAGCAAGCCGUGCUGGAAGUUGCAUCAUUGGAGACAUCAGAACCAGAGAAAGAACCAGCUUCAACUGAACAGUCCAAACCAGCGGAGGAGCCUCACAAAGAGUCAUCGAAAGGUUUGCCUGUGUCACCCUCAAGCAUUAUACCUGAAAAGGUCCCAAAAAAGGCUAUAUCGGAGUUGAGCAAGUACCUAACCCGAGUCGCAGACGAAGCUGCUGGCAAUCCAACAGACCAAAAGCUGCAAUUGUUUCAAGACGAAGCUGGAGAAGAUGACGCCAAUACGCUUUACCUCACUAUAGAGUCAAAGAAAUUCUUUAGCACCAAGCCCCAGUUUAAACCAAAGAGCAUCAAACUCACCAAGUCGAUAUACAACGACAAUACCAAGAUAUGUUUGAUACUACGCGAUGAAAUAGUCAAGACUGAAGCUGAAAUCGAACAACUCGAGCAAGAAGGCUCGUUGCCGUCAAACUUGAGCCAAAUAGUGCCUGUUCGAGCACUCAAGACCGAAUUCAAGUCAUUUGAAAAAAAGCGUGAUUUGCUUUCGCAGUACGAUGUGUUUUUGGUGGACGAUGCCGUGUUGAACACGAUGCCGACUUUGUUGGGCAAGACUUUUUACCAAUCGAGCAAGAUCCCACUCCCCAUUAGAGUCUCGACCUCGUCCAACAAUAAGCAAUUGUCGGUGCAAACGUUGAAAAACCAGUUGCAAAAGGCCAUGAGCAGCACAUGGUAUUUGCCUCCUCAAGGAACUGUCGUCUCGAUCAAGAUUGGUAAUCUUGGCGCAUCCGACGCCGAGGCUCAAGAUGCUCUUGUGUCGAAUAUACAAGAUGUCGUGUCGGCGUUCGAUAUCAACAACAUCAAGACGAUUAUGGUGAAAACCGCUGCGUCGCCUGCUUUGCCGUUAUACUACACAGACAGCUUGUAUGAUGAAGACGCUGACGUGAUGGAAGAAGAUGCGGAUGAUGUUGCUGAAGGUGAAGCUGAAGCUGAAGCGCCAUCCAAGGGAGAAUUGCUGGCGUUUGAAAAGACCUUGUCUGAAUUGGCCGAUGCUGAAACCGUUGCGAAGGUUCUUGGAAAGAAGUUGAAGGAAACUACCAAGAGCAAGACUAAACAAAACAGGAAGGUUAAGAAUAGUAAAGUAACCAAGCCAAAUAAGUAA